AUGAGAGACCGGGUUUUAAUUUGUUUGGCCAUUACUCAGGCCGUCCUCGCGUCGAUCGAUGUCAACGUGCAAGACCUGCGUCCAGGCCAGUGAGUUAAUAUAAUAAAUCUUGUCCUUUAAUUGGUGCCGCCCUAAGUUUUCGACCUUUGUCCACCGCACUCUCAGAGAUAAAGAUCGGGAUUAUGGUGCAUGAGGUGUCGGCCUUGAUGCCGCGAACCGAGGUCUAGCCGAUUAGGACUGUAAAGAUCGUCUCAGAAGAGACUCUUGCAAGAGUAGGGGAGAUUUAAGACUAACCAACGAUGCAUUCAAUUCAGUUGGCAUAUAAGAUUGUAGGAUCCCUGGGAUUUGCUCUUCUGACUUCCGAGACCCCACUCUCCUUCCAAAAUUUCUCCAGAGGCGGCGAAUCAAUUUGAAAUGUGACUGUCGGUAAUCCCGGGGCUUUGUUUGUUUCUCAAACAGCCGCGCGGUCAUUAAACGGUCAUUCCGUCAUUCCAUUACUUUCAGGAACAACGUAUGCCCCUUCGAACAUAUAGAGGAAGUGACAGUAAAAGAGCCAUGUGUCAAAAGUUACACCAAGUACAUCAGGACCCGAAAGGCCGGAUGCAAUGGACUCAACGCGGCAUGUCAAGUCAGAGAACCCAAGUAAGAUUAUGACAAUAAGUGUCAUAGUGGACUUGACUAUCAACGAUUCAUACUUAUCUUGAGACAAUGAUAUAGAUAAUUGUAACCAAUUUAGGACGGUAUAUUAUCGUACGUACAGAAAUGUGACAAGGAAAAGGCGUCAGACCGAGGUAAAAUGUUGUCCCGGCUGGUCUCAGAUCCCUGGGCAAUUGGGAUGCACUAAGCGUAAGACUAAAUCAUGUUAUGUUACACAUCUUCAGCCAAUUGUACAUCUGAUGUUUGUCACAACGGAGGAAGUUGCAUUGAACAUGCAAGGAGUGAUGAACAAUUAUGCUUAUGCCCUGAGGGCUUUCAAGGAUCUAUUUGCCAAUACGGUAAGGCAAAGUACAAUCCUUGUGCUUACCUUAAUGAUUAUUUAGAUGUAAAUGAAUGCCUGGUAAACAACGGAAACUGUCAUCAUGACUGUGUGAAUACCAUAGGAACUUUUUAUUGUCGGUGUUAUUCUGGAUUUACAUUGGAUGAAGAUGGCCGGCGAUGUAUUGGUAAGUGUCAUUACUCGUGUUAGAUGUCGAACCAACAACUCUUUUAUUACUUUCUUAAAACAAUUACGAUUUAUUAUUACAUUAGAUGUGAAUGAAUGCGAGAUCGAGAAUGGCGGUUGUAAUGGCUUGUGUGUGAACACUGACGGCGGAUAUCAUUGUGAUUGCCCGUCCGGGAAACAACUGGCACCUGAUGGAAGGACUUGUGUCGGUAUGUCCGUCCGUAUUAAUUAAGACGUUUUAGAUGCAAACACCUGCGCGUUGGACAAUGGCGGCUGCGCUCAAAUAUGCGAAGAAAACAAUGGAAUCUUCCAUCGAUGUCGCUGCAAUCCGGGUUAUGAAUUGGGGCCUGACAAAAGGUCAUGUCAUCGUAAGUCGGUUUACAAUUACUUUAGGGAUUAUUAUUAUUUAUUUUAUUUAUAUUCACUGUAAUAUAAAAUAUAAAAACAGUAAAGUAAGUGAAUAUGGAGGCUAUUGAUUCAAAAAUUUGUAAAACCGAUGAAAAAAAUUUUUUGAUCUGAGACGAGUACCACAGCGUUGUAUUAUAACGGAUGCAUAGUGUAAAUGAAGGUAACACAUAUGUUAUAGCCAUUGAUCCCUGUCUUCAACAUAAUGGGGGAUGCGAACAUCAAUGUGUGAAUAACAAUGGAUUCGCCGUUUGUCAGUGUUAUCAUGGCUUCAGACUCUCCCAUGAUCAGAAAAGUUGUCAUGGUAUGUACAUGUAAUUGAAAGUUAAUCGAAGAAUAAUCAAGUUUUUGUCAAGAUUAAAACCCCACCCUAUUAAUAUAAGAAAUCUCGAAAUUCCUUUAUCAUUGCUUUCUCUCCUUCAGCCUUUGAUUCCUGUCUUCACGGCGAUGGCCAACGUUGUGAACAAGAAUGUGUGAACCAUCACGGAGGGUACAGUUGCUCAUGUAGAAGAGGAUAUGUGCUAAAUAGUGAUGGAUUAACUUGCUCGUUAGGAAAAGACCCUUGUGAAGACAACAACGGAGGGUGUGAACAUACCUGUAAUGUUACCCAUGGCCAUGUCAGAUGCUCUUGUCAGGAAGGUUAUGAGAUCUCGGAGGAUGGAAAAACGUGCCGAGGUGAGACCAUUUCCACUUUAUUUUGUGAUGUCUUGUCAUUUGAUUUCUUUUUGUUUUGCAGAAUUUCCGUUACAGACCAAUACUUAUUGAUUAUUUUUGUGGCAUUUCGUCAAUAUUUUUUGUGUUGCGUGAAUAUUAUUAAUUUGCAGUAUUAUUAUCAUCGGUUAAUCUCACGAGUGGGCACAUUAAUACACAGCUUAAAAUUUACGCUUUAGCAAACACAGCUUUGGCUUCGGCAGCACCUACAAUAACAUACGAGAUCAACGAGAUCCCGCUACCUGCCUUAGACGGGUUAGAAAGUUGCAUUAAUGACACUGGUGGAUGUCAUCAGCUUUGUCUCGACUUUAGCCAGGGAUCUACUUUUUGUAGAUGCAGAUCUGGAUAUACGUUGGAUCCCGAGGAUCGCUUGACUUGCUUGGGUAUGGUGAAUAUGCAUGGUUGCUUUUGCAAUAUCGUCUUCUAGUCUCCUCUUUUGCAAGCUUUGAAUGUAUUUCUCAUGAUUAUGAUAUUUAGAUGUAAAUGAAUGUGAUCAUGACAAUGGUGCAUGUGCCCAGGUCUGCAUUAAUACCCCUGGCUCUUAUUUGUGCAGUUGUGAACAGGGAUAUGUUCUGAUCUAUGAUCAAAAGACGUGCGAAGGUAAGACUAGAAGUGAAUUCGAUCAUUUUUAGACGUGAACGAAUGCGUGAAUGACAAUGGCGGAUGUUCCCAUAACUGUCGGAAUACGAAGGGGGGAUAUCAAUGUGAAUGUAAUCCUGGGUAUAUGUUGGGGGAGGACCGACAUACCUGUCAUGGUGAGUGUGACUUUAGUGGGUUUAUGUCUCAACUUAGAUGUGAAUGAGUGUCUGUCAAACAACGGUGGAUGUAACCAGAUUUGUAUAAAUAAUCUUGGAUCUUCUCCUGAGUGCAGUUGUUUCCCGGGAUAUGAUCUGGCAGAAGAUGGGAAGACGUGCACUGGUAAGUUUAAUCUAAACGUGAACCACGAUUAUUUUUGAUUUCUAAUUUGUAAAGUUUUAUUUGAAAUCACAAGUGUCAUUAAAUUACAUCAGUAAAACAUUCUUUUAGCCCAUGCCGAUAAAAUUCCGAUGCCUUUGAAGUCGUCCUCAAGUAAGUGCACCGAUUUUAAUUAAAAUAUCAUCUACUUUUGCGGUGGAUAACUGUAAUGUUAGUAGUUGUAAAGUAGCUUUUGGCUUUACAUUUUGAUCGCUUUGUGCAUUGUUGUGUGUUGUAGGCAAUGGAAGAUACGAUGGGGUCAGACGAGUCCAAAGAGUUUUGCGAACCGAGCUGCUAGACAACAACAUACUCAGCGACAACGAGAGAUAUUACAGAGGUUCAGAGUUUUACUUUUAUUGUUGUAAAUGUGCUUAAAAGUAGCCUGGCCAUUUUUUAUUAAUGGUAAUUACGAACUUCAAUUUUAGUAUGUGAAAGGGGAAGAUUUGGAGAUGAAUGUCAGAACAGUUGCAAUGACUGUCAGAAUGGAGGUAAUUUUAUAAUGAAGUUAAUUUUGAAUUGCAAUUCUUCAUUUCAGCCAAGUGUAAUAUCCUAAAAGAUGGCUGCAGAUGUCUGUCUGGCUUCACUGGUGAACUCUGUGAAUCUAAAUGCCCUGAGGGUACAUAUGGUUAUAAUUGCGAGAGUAGAUGUGAUUGCAAUGGAGGGAAGUGUAAUCCCAUCGAUGGGGAAUGUAACUGUCCAUUGAAGGGAUUUUGCGAAGACGAUUGUCCGGCUGGUAAUCUUUUUUAUUCAAGGUUACAAAUACCAUUCUCAGCUUUUGUUAUUGCAAUAUGAUGCAAUAGUUUUUUUCAGGGUAUUAUGGGCAAACAUGUAACCUGAAGUGUAAAAGUACAUGUGAAGGGACUUGUGACCGAGUUCUGGGUGAAUGCACAUGCGCCUCAGGCUACUACGGCCCCAGCUGCGAUCUGCCGUGCCCUUUUCUCACAUAUGGACCAAAUUGUCGGAAGAAAUGUGACUGUAAAAUGGAAGGGACCGAGAGUUGUAAUAUCAAGGCAAGUUUAUAAAAAUAUAAUAUUUAGGGCACUUUUGAUCUUAAAGUAUGGUGACAAAGCAUUUUAGUCAGGAGAAUGUAAAUGCAAAGCUGGUUAUUAUGGUCCUCAAUGUGAACGCACAUGUCCUCCGGGCUUCCAUGGAUUGGAUUGUGCCUUUUCCUGCAAUUGUAAACAUGGCCAAGGUUGUGAUCCUUUGAUCGGAGAAUGCCAUCGCAAAUGCCCUCCGGGAUUUACUGGUCAGAAGUGCAACAAAGGUAUUAAUUACUAUAAUGAUUAAAAUUACUGUUUAGAGUGUGAGAAAGGGACCUUUGGACCUGGUUGCAGUUAUCGUUGUGAAUGUCCCUCAGCCGGUCCUCAGAUUUGUCAUCAUGUCACGGGACAGUGCAGCUGCCCCUUGGGAUUAACGGGUCCUCAAUGUGAUCAACGUGAGUUUUCAGGUCUUAUUUCGAAUUUUACUUUAGCUUGCCCUCCACUUUGGUAUGGUCCCAAUUGUAAAUGGCAGUGUAAUUGUACAAACGGAGCUCUAUGUAAUCCUCAGGAUGGAACGUGUCUCUGUCCUGAUGGAUAUUAUGGUGCAACUUGUUCGGAGAGUAAGUCCAAUUAUAAAACAUACUUCGCGUUCCGUAAUUGAUGAUGGCUCAUCAAUUAAAACAUUUUUACAAGCUAUUAAGGUUCCUUGCCGAUGCAGCCAUACUAACGGUAUUUUUGGCUUGUUAGUGAUUUUUACUAGAUUUUCCCAAUUAUUUAGUACUCAUUCCAAUAUGUGACUUUAACUUUUUUCAUAUUAAAAAGUUAAAGCGUCUUUAAUCAUCGUUUUUUCCAAACAAAUAGUGGAAAGUCGUAACUUUUCGUAUUUUUGCGUUAGAAUAGUGUGCUAUAUAGUACCACCUUGUACUAUACAGUACCAAGUGCUAAAAACAGAUUUUUUGAGAAGUGCGGGGCUUCAAACCAACAGCAUUAACGCGUUAUGGCUUAAUUUUUACCUCGUGCUAUAUAGUACCACCUCGUACUACAGGGUGUUUCAAGAAAUUCCCCGGAAAGCAAUCGUCGAUUUCUCGGCGCUCAGCCACGAUAUCCAAAAAAUUUUUUUUGCAGUAGAAAGAAGGUUAUGGGCGGUUUUUUGCCUAAAAAGAUUUUUUUCUACGCCGACGCGGAAUGUAGUGUAUUCGGCGAAGACUUUUGACCGCUUUUUUGGUCAUCACAUACAUCUUAAACGCUUUUUUGUGGUUUCUGAUGGCUGAAAUGCGGAUAAUUUACUGAUUUUUGUGCUUAUCAAGCGUUCGGCAAAGGUAUGGCAGCCGCUCGCCAUAUCUUAACUCAGAUACGGACCAGAAAUGGUCCAACACAAUUUUUAUUGUCUGGCAACUAUUUUCUGCGGGUAUCGUAUACCCUCCAAAAUUUUGUGGUCAAGCCUUGGCAGAUGUCUAGCCAUCACGGAACCACUUGGUGCACCAGAAAACAACAAAAAAAAAUUUGCUUAAAUUUCUCUUUGCCCUGCUGUUUCAAACAUUCGCGCAGUGGGCUCGACUUUAUCGAUAUUGCAGCGACUGCAUUGCACUGUGCAGUCGCUAAAUGGGAUCGCAUAGCGUUAUACCCUGCCUCCUGAUCCAUUGUGCAAAAAAUCUGAAGACUUUCCGGAUGCUGCAGUGUCACAGUAAAGCGUUUUAGAUAAGUGUGAUGGUCAAAAAAGCGGUCAAAAGUCUUCGCCGAAUACACUGCAUUCCGCGUCGGCGAAGAAAAAAAUCUUUUUAGGCAAAAAACCGCCCAUAACCUUCUUUCUACUGCAAAAAAAAUUUUUUGGAUAUCAUGGCUGAGCGCCGAGAAAUCGACGAUUGCUUUCCGGGGAAUUUCUUGAAACACCCUGUAUACAGUACCAAGCGCUAAGAACAUGUUGUUUGAGCAGUACUGGGCACCAAACCAACAGCAUUAACAUUUGAAUGCAUAAUUUUUAAUCGCACUAUCCAGCCUGGGGACAAAAACGUCCUGGGGACAAAACCGGUGUGGAGACAAAAAAAUAAAAAAAGUGGGGACAAAAACGUCUUGGGGACAACACCGGUCUGGGGACAAAACCGGGCCCAAUCUAGUAUACUAUAGAAGAAUAAUCAAGGUAAGAACGCGGCUGUAUUUAUAUUUCAUGACCUAUUUUCUGUUCGUAGACCGCAACAAAAAAAAAUUUUUGUUCAUGGCUACUACAUAAAUAUGACAUAACACUGUAAAAAUUUGGAUUUUUUUGCCAUUUUAUUUGUUUUUAUGGGUGUCGAUUUAUGGGCCAUCAGGAAUUUAAAAAGUGGAAUCUGUUUUGCGCGUCACUGUAUAUUUUGACAGUAAUCCUAAUUUUUUAUUCACGUGAUAUUUAUUAGCCAGCAUUACAACAUUGUCCAUAUUACCCAAGAAAUCCUCCGCUCCAAAACGGACUUUAUUUUUAAAUUGCUCAUGUUAGAAAACCUUUUUGGAUCAUAGGCGAAACCCCUAAAAAUGAAUUGCAAAAAGUUUCAAAAUUUUUACAGGUUAUGUCGUAUUUAGUCAGUACAAUGUUCACUUUAUCACCCGAGAAUUCACCCAUCCCGAAAAUUCAUCACCCGAGUAUUCAGUUACCCACGCAAAGAGUCAGUCUGUCGGGAAAAUAACGGCGGAUCGUCGCACCUUGGAAUCGCCCAUUUACGACAGCUUGCCGCGGCUGGGGAUUUGGUGCGCGACUGCACCCUUUCUAGCGAAACAUUUUGCUGCGAGUUGAGCACUCAAAAUAAAAUAUAAAAAUUGUUUUUACAGGAUGCCCUCCGGGUCGUUUUGGCAAGAUGUGCAUGCAAAUUUGUGAAUGUCAAAACAGCGGAGAUUGUGACGCUGCCACUGGUAGAUGCUUAUGUCCCGAGGGCUUCUUCGGAGAAGACUGUAGUCAAAUGUGCCCUAAGGGUUAUUAUGGCAACAAUUGUGAAAAGACCUGUCAAUGUGGAGACGGAGAGUGUGAUCCCCUGGAUGGAGAAUGUCUAUGCCCUCCGGGUUUCAGGGGAGAAGGUUGUGGGGAAAGUAAGUGCGUUUUCUUUCGUAAAAUUGUCUUAGAAUGUCCUCCAAAUACCUUUGGAAUUGGUUGCAAAGGUAAAUGUGAUUGUGAGAACAAUUCGACUUGUGAUCCGACCAGUGGAUUAUGUAGGUGCAAAUCUGGCUGGAGGGGACCGAGGUGCGACCGGCCAUGCCCUGAUGGCUUUUAUGGGGAACAAUGUAAAUCCACGUGCUCUUGCAGCGGAGAUGGUACGUAAUUUACUUUUACAUGAAGCAUUUCAAGGGAACCCAUUAUACGCUGGAAAAUGUGAUCCGAUCACGGGCCAAUGUGAAUGUAAUCCUGGCUGGACUGGGCCUGAUUGCACCGUUCCCUGCCCUCCAAAUUAUUGGGGCCCUGGAUGUAACCGAAAAUGUAAUUGUGAGAACAAUGGGACUUGUGAUCCCUUGAACGGAUUCUGUGAUUGUCCUUCUGGAUUCAUGGGAAAGAGAUGUUCCAAUGGUAAUUCAAUUUACUGUCAAAUAUCAUAGCUUGAUUUUCAGUAUGCCCUGAGGGUAUGUUCGGCCCCAAUUGUGUCCAGCAUUGUCUUUGUAUGCACGAUUCUGAAUGCAAUCCUCUGAAUGGACAAUGCAAAUGCAAAGCCGGAUGGACUGGUCCUGCUUGCGAGUUCUGUGAGUGUCUGUUGAAUACAGUAACCUGUUUACUUUACAGUAUGUCCCUUUGGAAAGUAUGGGGAGAAUUGUGAGCGGGAAUGUAAUUGUUUGAAUGGUGCUAGUUGUGAUCGGAUCAAUGGAACUUGCAUCUGUUUGGUUGGAUAUAAGGGCGAAAGGUAUGAGAAUGCAAAUAUAAAACAACCUUUAGAUGUCAAGAGAAAUGUCCGGAGGGCUUUUUUGGAGAAGAAUGCAAAGAGAAAUGCGACUGUGAGAAUGGGGCGAGCUGUGAUCCAAUAACUGGAUAUUGUAAAUGCACCCCUGGAUGGAGAGGAAAGAAAUGUCACCGAUGCAAGUCUGCUUUCUUCCUGUUCAAUUUGCGAAUCAAAUUUUAGCAUGCCCUAAGGGCUUUUUCGGAAAGAAUUGUGCUCAGACCUGUCAGUGUCAUAAUGGGAAGCCUUGUCAUCACAUUACCGGCCAAUGUCAAUGCCCCUCUGGCUAUUCGGGAUUGGGAUGCGCUCAAUUAUGCCCUAAGGGUUUCUAUGGGCAAAAUUGUAACUCCAAGUGUAAAUGCCUUGAGAGUGAAGAGUGUGAUCCCUUAACGGGCGAUUGUUUCUGCCAAGCUGGUACCCAGGGUCCCAAUUGUCGCGAAGGCUGUGUCCAAGGACAGUUUGGCCAGAAUUGUGCCCACAAAUGCCAAUGCGAAAAUGGGGGGAUCUGUGAUCCAGCCACUGGAAGUUGCGAAUGCCCUGCCGGCUUUAUCGGGUCCAGAUGUGAAUUGACUUGUGAAGCCGGAAGAUUCGGCAAAGACUGUGCCAAAGUUUGUGAUUGCCAGAAUGGUGGUGUCUGUGAUCGCUCUUCUGGAGUGUGCAGGUGUUCUCCUGGCUACACGGGACCCCAUUGCACUCAGAUAUGCCCUCCGGGAAGAUACGGUUCAAAUUGUAAAGAGAAAUGUCAAUGUGCAAAUCAUGCAACCUGUGAGCCGACGACGGGGGAAUGCAGAUGCCCAUUGGGAUUCACUGGCCCUGCUUGUCAGCAGUCAUGUCCUAGUGGAAAGUAUGGUGUUAAUUGUACAUUGGACUGCGAAUGUCAAGGCGAAGCAACUUGUGACCCUGUUCAGGGAUGCUGCAAUUGCCCUCCGGGAAGAUAUGGAACCAGAUGUCAAUUUAGUAGGUUCUAAAUUGCUUCUUUGAAAUUAUAUUCUGCUACAAAAAGUAUUCCUGUAAUAUCUAUUUCAGCGUGUCCUCAAGGCUUUUACGGAUGGUAUUGCAGUAAAGUUUGUGAUUGUAAGAAUGGCGCGACCUGUGAUCCGAACGAUGGCCAAUGCUUAUGUCAGCCUGGUUUCACGGGAGACAAGGUAGUUUGAUCUAUAAUAUACGUUGUAAUACAACAAUUUAGUGUGAAAAACUAUGCGAAUUUAAUCAUUAUGGUCCCCGUUGUUCCCUGAAAUGCGAUUGUGGAGAACAUGGUUGUGAUCCCAUCACUGGAGUCUGUGAAUGCCCUCCGGGGAAGCAUGGAAUCAAGUGUGAACAAUGUAAGUUAAUAUAAUACAGACCUAAUUACGUUACAGCUUGCCGUCAUGGUCGAUUCGGAAAGAAUUGUGAACAGAAAUGUGAAUGUUACAACGGAGCCAGAUGUCAUAAAGAAACUGGGGCUUGUAAAUGUGCACCUGGGUACCUAGGACCCACUUGUCAGUUAGAACACACUGGUAGGCCUUCUAAUAUUUCUAUAAAAUCAAUAUUAAUUUAGAUCCUGAGAGUGUUGCGAAACGAGGAGAUCUCCCUGACUACGACUUCUGA